UGGACUGGAGGCGGAGGCUUCUAAAGAGUAGCAGCUGCGGGCAAGACCAAGAACCCGCUCCUCGGAACGACUAUCGACUUGAAAUUCACCGUCGCUCUGUGAAUUGGAACAUUACUUUUACGCAAUAACUUGACAAGCAUUCGCAUUCGAUCACGGCCAUGUGGCAUCUUUUUUGGGCACCUGAACCGGACUCUUGCUUUCUUCAUGUUUUUUAAAACUUUCCCCCUCCUCCGCUCAGCUUCAUGAGAAAUAGAAGACGAGGAGGAUAAAGACACUUGGCAAGAAUUUUCCAGCCAAGACUUUCUUAUCCACGUGUAGAUCAAAAAAAUAAAGUACUAUAGUCAAAGCGUGAAAAAACAGGAAUGGAAGUGGAGUAAAUGAAAAUAAAAGACUUUUUUAGGCUACAAUAAAAAGUAAUGGCACAAAUAUGUUUACAAAAGUGUGGCGGCACAAAUAUAUUUACAAACGUGUGGCGGGUAAAAACAGAACAAAACCAACCAGAGGGAGAGAACUGUUCUAGACCGUACAAAACGUAGUAAUGCCCAUCACUGUUGUAGGGUGGACCGUGCAGAAAGACAGGUGGAUAGGAAGUCAAGUAUAGUGUAAUUAUCAAACCCAUCCCUCAUUUCCAUAUCUAGUGUGGGUCUGCUGGACCUUAGCCAAUCCACCAUCGAAAGCCACCAAGAGUAAUCAAGCAUUAUCCUCCAUCAUAAUCACACCGACAUGCGCAAUCUGCACAUGGGUAAGUAACACCAGCUAAUAGGCUAUCCCUUAUUUCACUGACCCGACUCUCUCUGACGGGUUCUAUUUGUUAGAUGCCGAUGUAUCGGCCAAAGGCAGCAAGAGCAGCUAACAGAGAACUGACAACAUGUCCCGCCGCAAGCAAGCGAAGCCACAGCAUCUCAAAUUGGACGAAGAAGCGUUGCAAACUGACGUCGCCACAGAACAUGCUCUAUUGGAGGGAAUGGAUGAGGAGGAGCGCCGCAGUGGCAUUGAGGAAACGCAUGUGUGUGAAAAAUGUGCUGAGUACUUCACCUGGGCCGAACUGUAUGAGCACCAGAGAAACUGCACAGAGGACCCACCUCAGUUCCUCAUUGUGAAGGAAGAUGAGGGGAUGCCUAGACCUGAGGGAUCCCCAGCUGGAUCCUCCCCAACCCCCAGCCUGGCCAUUCUUAGCCUGGCCCCCAGUGACUCAGCAGACAUCGAGUCAGCGGACGGGGGCCUUGAGCUGGUGGAGCCUAUGAAUGAUAAUGAUAAUGACAGCACAGAUAUGUUAGAGGAGAUGAACAUGGGAGAGAGGGAGGAUGAAUCCAUGGAGGUGGAGCAGCAGCACCACGACAAACAUAAGUCAUCUAGACCCCAGAAUCCCCCAGAUACAACCGAGUUGGCCAUCCCUUCAUCUCAGUCGUCUCCUGUGACCAGCAGCAUGCCCAGUACGAACGUAACGCUGGAGAUCCUCCACAGUACCCAGGUGGCUGUGGCCCAGUUCUCCCAGAGCCUCCACAGUAGUGGGGCAGGAGGGAAGGCGGCCACAGCAGCCAUCCCAGUGAUCCUGGAGCACCUGCUGUCUUUGCAUCAGCAACAGGUCCACCAGUUGCAGCUUAUUGAGCAGAUCCGUAGCCAGGUGGCCUUCAUGAACAAACAGCCCACACAAACAGCACUAAACCCAGUCUCCAGGGCCCUAUCACUGGCACCAAACCCUUUCCCCUCCCAAGGCCUCAUCGCUCCCCCUGUCCUACCACUGUCUGGGACGAUUCCCUCUGCCGUCAAUGGACAAGCAUCUGUGUCUUUGGCAGCUGUGCUUGAGAGGUCCCACACACUCUCCUCACAAACUUCAUAUGGACAGGCCCACAUGAGAAAUGUUAGAUGUACCUCAGCUCCCUCAGAGAACUCUGCCCCUCCCCCUACUAGCUGCAACAAUAUUUCCUCAUUACAGCCUCCCUACACGGGUUCACACUCACACACAAGCGGGAGCUGUACUCAGACCCUGACCUCGUCCAGCUCACUGUCCAUGCAGGGUCAGAGCAACAGUCUCCUCAGCUCACCAUCCAGCCUGCCGUUUCUACCUCAGAGCCCCCCCAGCAGUGUCAUCUUCCCCAACCCCCUGGCCAGCAUCACAGCCACGACUAACGCCCUCGACCCGCUCUCCGCCCUGAUGAAGCACCACCGGAAUGGCAAGCUGCCCAAUGUGUCCAUGUUCGACACCAAGCCCAGCACUGAGGAGCCCUUUUUCAAGCAUAAGUGCAGGUUCUGCGCCAAAGUGUUUGGCAGCGACAGCGCGCUGCAGAUCCACCUGCGCUCUCACACCGGGGAGAGGCCCUUCAAGUGCAACCUCUGCGGCAAUCGCUUCUCCACUAAAGGGAACCUGAAAGUCCACUUCCAGAGACACAAAGAAAAGUAUCCACAUGUUCAGAUGAACCCUUAUCCAGUGCCGGAAUAUUUAGACAAUGUGCCAACGUGCUCUGGUAUUCCCUAUGGAAUGUCAUUCCCUCCUGAAAAACCAGGAGCCACUUGGCUGGAUAGCAAGCCUGUUUUAGCGACGGUACCCACCUCUAUGGGCCUUCAGCUUCCCUUCACGCUCACUACUAUGGGAAGCUCAAGUGGCUCUCUAAGUGUCACACCACCCAUCAAAUCUCCUUUUAGGCCCUCCCCAGCCACAAGUGAAUGUGUGUCUUUGUCGCUGAACACUACAGGCAAUGAAACCAGUGUUCCCACAGCUUUAGAGUCUCCACAGUCUAAUCAGGAUGGGGAAGCCUCCCACGUAUUGAAAGCAGAGGAAAUUCACCUGCCCCAAAACUGCAUGACUAGACCCAGGGUGAGUCCAUUUACUGUGGCAACAAGUAAAGCCAUGACUAUGACCACAUCCACACCUGAGUGCAGCACACCGACUUACCCCGUUUCCAACUUCUCACCACUUUCCCUGGCCUCUGACCCGUUCAAAGCAAAGUUUCCAUUCGGUGGCCUCCUGGACUCUAUGCAAACGUCAGAGACCUCAAAGCUCCAGCAGCUGGUGGAGAACAUAGACAAGAAGAUAACAGACCCCAACCAGUGUGUCCUCUGUCACCGCGUGCUCAGCUGCCAGAGCGCGCUGAAGAUGCACUACCGUAUCCACACAGGGGAGAGGCCCUUUAAAUGUAAGGUGUGUGGCAGGGCUUUCACCACCAAAGGAAACCUGAAGACACAUAUUGGUGUCCACAGAGCAAACCCUCCUCUCCGGGUUCAACAUUCAUGUCCCAUCUGCCAGAAGAAGUUCACCAACGCUGUAGUGCUACAGCAGCACAUCCGCAUGCAUAUGGGGGGUCAGAUCUCAAACUCACCCUUAAUGGACGGCCUACAGGACCUCGACACUGAUCUCUCCUUCGAUGAGAAGAACUUUGACAGCCUGAAGAACUAUGACAAUGACCUCAUGUACGACAACUCCAUGGGGGAGGAAGAGGAUGAUGAAGAAGAAGAGGUAGAAAAUAUGGAGGGGGGUGUAGAUACCCUCAAACCCCUGAGCUCUGUCUCAAGUUCUCCUCCCAACUCUGAUGCUGUUGUCUCCAGCAUAGCUGCACUGGAGAACCAAAUGAAAAUGAUAGACUCCACCAUAAACCUAAACAACUCCUUUGGGCUGAAGUCAAUGAUGAAUGGUUUUAUGGACAGUGAGCGCCGUGCUGCUAUCCACUACUCUAUAGUGGGAGAAGGACAGAAUCACAAUGCAGUCGGCAGCCCAACCGUGUCUGAAUCGUCCACCGCCAUGCAUGUACCAGUGUCACCUGCACAAAGCAACUCUGAGGUCCACCUCUGCAAUUCCCCAUCUGGGAAGCACAGUGGAGAGUCACAAGAGAUCACAGCCUCAGUGAAGAGUGAGCAAUCUGAUUCGCCCACCUCGACUCCGGUACUGGAAAAUGGAGUGACCCUGGAUCUGAGAGGGAUGCAACCUCACAGGCAGUGUGUGAAACGGGAGAGUCCUUACAGUACGCUGUUCCUGAGUAAAGAACGUGGUUCCAGCCAAAGCAUUCCUAGCCUGAAUACCAGCAUUGCGCCAAGGAUGAUCAAAUCUGAAAUGAAUGGGCACCAUCGGCCAAUGAACUUCAACGAUGGGCUGCAUCAUCCAUUUGGCCUCCAGGUCCCUGCCGCUCCUCCAUCUCUGGUGAGCCCAGGAAUCAUCUCUCUGCUUGGGCCACCAACGCGGACCCCCAAGCAGCACAACUGCCAUGCGUGUGGGAAGAACUUCUCCUCAGCCAGCGCUCUACAGAUCCAUGAGCGGACCCACACUGGGGAGAAACCAUUCGGUUGCUCCAUCUGUGGCAGGGCAUUCACAACUAAAGGAAACCUGAAGGUACACAUGGGCACUCACAUGUGGAACAACGCACCAGCCAGAAGAGGCAGGCGUCUGUCAGUGGAGAACCCCAUGGCCUUGCUGGGUGGGGAAGCUGCCAUGAAGUUCGGAGAGAUGUUUCAGAAGGACCUGACGGGACGGGCCAUGAACGUGGACCCAGGGUUCUGGAACCGCUACGCAUCAGCUAUAACCAACGGCCUAGCCAUGAAGAAGAAUGAGAUCUCAGUGAUCCAGAAUGGGGGGAUUCCACAGCUUUAUCCCAUGACGGCAGGCAUGGACAGAGUCAGCACUGGGGGUAGCUCACCAAUGACCAGUCUUGGAAAGACAGCCAUGGACCUUGGAAUUAACCGACCCGACUUUUCUAUGUUAAUUGAUGACAGUAAAGAGAUUGGGAUCAAUUGAAAUAAAUUGAAUGGCAGAUUAAUAAAAUAAAUAGAUUAUACAAACAAUGUAGAGAAUAAAUGAUUGAUUUAUUUGUAAAAACGAGUUGACUAUGUAUUAUAUUAUAUACAGAUAAAAAAUGUUUUAUUAAUUCACAUACCUAUAGUAUUUCAUUCUUGUUUUAUUUGACUGUCCAUUUGCAAAUGUUGGUUUUGCCCCCAUAAACUCGUUGUUUCACUUUGUCCAUGGUGCUUACUAGAGACACAUACUCUAUUACUCUAAAAAGGGAAAAUGUGAUAUAGAAAUGCAAAGAGAGGAAUCUGUCCGUUGCUCACUGCUGCUAUUUUGUGCAAAGCACAUAUUUCUUUAUAACGAGGCCUCACAUGUAGGCCUGCAGCAUUUCAAAUUGAAGAAUUUGUGCAAGUAAUUGUGCAACCCUGAGGUUGGACAAUAAUUUCUUGAAUUUACUUCAGGUUAAAUUGCAUGUCCCAUUUCUUCACUGGACUUUACUCUUGACUUUACACAGUCUAUCAGCAUGCAUUUCAGCUUCCUCAUGUAAGUUAUUUUCUCUGCAUCCAAAAUGUACACUACCAGUCAAACGUUUUAGAACACGUACUCAUUCAAGGGUU